AUGGCCAUUCGUUAUUGUGCAUUUGACUCUCCCGACCUGGUAACGGCUAUCAACGGUGCCACCCCUACAUUCGCUUUCGCUGCAUCGAAUAACAAUUAUCUUGCGUUGCAAGGGACACUUCAUCUCUUCAACGGCUGUCUGCAGCCAUCUACACCCUUCACGGCACCAACCAUCUCCACGAUACCUGCUACCGCCUACCAAACUCCAUCCGCGCUUGCGACUGUUACGGAGUAUGUUCUAGAAACGAUUACCGACACAGACCUACGUUGUUCAAGGACCAGCAGCCAAGCUCAUGUCACUUCUUCGAGUGUAUUUACCUCUUCGAGCGUCGCCUUACCCUCUUCUCAGCCCAGCAGCAGUCAGGUGAUUGUAACAUCAACAGGCAGCGUAGUGAUACCAAGUAGUACACUGGGAGUAUCCGCAUCGCCUUCCUCGUCCACCGCCUCGUUUAUUGGGUCUACAAGAACAUCCAGUAGCACUGCCGCACUCCAAACACUAGAGGUCUCGCCCGAUGCAACAUGUGGUGGCAAGACUGGUUACACCUGUCAAGGGUCGAAGUGGGGUAAUUGCUGCAGCCAAUAUGGCUGGUGCGGAAACAAUUCGAAUUACUGUGCUUCUGGUUGCCAGCCAUUACAUGGUAGUAGCAAUGCAUUGCCUUCGACACUUUCAACACGAGUGUCGCUCACACCUACACUUCCAUCAGCUUCAUCUGUUCGCCCUGUGAAGAUCAGUACCGAUGCUCAUAUGGUUAUUGCGGAAGUACUCCUCAAUACUGUGGCGCUGGGUGUAAUCCACUUUUCGGGACUUGCAAAUCUUCUGGCACACCAGGGGUUCCUGCACUCAAGGUGUCUCGAGACACAAAAUGCGGUGAGUCAAGCGGCCAGACUUGUCAAGGGUCCAGCUUUGGAAACUGCUGUAGUUCUUACGGAUUCUCGCUUCGGGUCUUGCACAGCUCCUCGUGCUGUCCGAGACAGCAACCUGGAGAAGAGUCUUGUCAAAAAGCUUGCCCCCGUCCCGAGUCCAAUCCAUUGUGCGGGUCCCGACUAUACAUACCCACCGAUACCAGAGACGACCGUCUUUGUGACAACAAUCGUUCUUUCCGCCCCUGCAGUAUUCACGCAGAAAGUAACCAGAGGAGCUGUCCACGUCAGCGAUAGCUGUGAUGCAACAUCCUCUCCCAGUUAUGUUGUUUCGAUUCAAUCCGCACAUUCUAGCAAUGUAUUCGGCUCAAGCAGAGCCUCCACUAGCACUGUGGAGUCGGAUCCUUCGUCAUCAGUAGUUAUUUCAUCGAGUGUCUCGCAGUCCGAAUCAGCAUUUUCGACCUCUUCCUAUUCACAGGUUAUCGCAACAAGCUCUAUUCAGUCAGAAGCUGCGUCGUCCACCCCUGUACCAUCAGACUCGAUUACGCCUAGCUCUACUCCGUCAAUGACGGAGCCAGCUUCUAGUGCCUCCCAAUCGGAAAUUGGAUCAACUAGCCCGAUGCAAGCGGAAUCAACAUCUGUGAGCUCCUCACAGUCCGAAGUAGUAUCGACCAGCUCCGUACAAUCCGAUGUCGUGUCAUCCAGCUCUUCAGUCGCAGUGCCGACUAGCUCUACACAAUCCGAUAUUGUGUCAUCGAGCGUACUGGCCAGCUCUUUGGAAUCCGAAAUGGCUUCAUCAAGCUCUUCAGUCAUGGUACCGACAGGCUCUUCAGUGUCGGAAGCAGUUUCAUUCGUGGAGUCGAGUACAACAGUGUCGUCACCUUCUUCAGCGAGCCCAGGAUCGAGUACUACGCCGACUCCAACUCCGAUCACAUCCGAAAGGUUUUGCUUGAAAGUACUGAAUAGGGACCGCCCGACAUAUAACUACUUGGCUUACAUGACAAUCACGCAGGGUACGAUGCAUGUAUCCACUGCCAAUUUGGCAGCCAAUGUGGUAACCAAUGCACAGCUUAGGCUGUCUGAGUUCUCAUUGAACUCAAGCGGGCAACUGAAGCACGUAGUUCCUGUCAAUAAUUUGGCUUUCCCCGGAUUUCUCAUAUCCACUGCACAAAGCAACUUCAUGCGAUCAUACCGAGGCACAGAAGCCAAUGCUGUGCUGCCGAAUUGCGCGAUAAGAAUAGACGUUACCGGCUAUAUUGGGCAAGAGGUGUUGAAGUGCAAUAGCCACAUGCCCAGCGGACGGCCUUACACCGAGUUUCGUGUAUCCGCCAGUGGAAGCUUUACCUUCCUGUAUGGUUCCUCCGAUGUCAUUACCGACUCCUCGAUAAGUUAUCUCAUAGAGUUACUUGCCCAUCUUCCCAUGUUGUGCUUGAAACCAGGCGGUGAUAGCAGCAGAUACUAUCUGGGCUGCAUUGCCCAGGUACCCACCUCCGCUCGCGGGCAGCCGACGUCACUCUCCGGCCACAAGUACUAUCGCUUCGCCUACGGGAUACGCAUACUGUUGCUCACCACAUGUACUGAAGCUGGUCGCCGCUUACAGAUCACGCUCAGUUUGGCGAAUCCGUCUUCUUGUGCUUCAUCAACGACCCCAUGGGCCACUACCACAUCAUCACAGGACACAUCAACGACGUCGCAUACGACGACGUAG